UGCUUGACUGUGGUGACACGUUUUGUGGCUCCUCGUGUCUCUCGUGACGCGUUCGUCCAAUCUACCAAAUCAAAACAUAUAGAUUAAAUAAAAGUUACUUAAAAUAGAUUCUACAAGUCUCAGGCAACACGUGUCGACUGCUUUUCGUCGUCGUCGUCGUCGUCGUCGUCUAACCUCAAAACUUGUUCGCGGGAAGAAAAUAAAGGUGAUGAAAAGUCAUACAGGUAGCGCCAGGUAUUGCCGGAGGUGUCAUCUAUGAACUAUAGAUCUUAUCAGACACAGCUGACACGAAAGUGUGCGGACCUUUUUGGACACCUCGCAGCUUUGACAGCUGGCAUCAAAAGUGCCGAGUGCCGACAGAGAGACAAGUGCGUUAUGCUAUUGUGUAUAUGAUUCUAGCGAGCCGUAAGAAGAAAGAAAAGAAGUUUUGUACUUGUUUGUUCGAGAGAGAGAGAGAGAAAAAAAAAAUCUGUAACUUAAAACUAUUACAAGGGAAAAAAAACAAACAGUGGGUAUACAAUUGAAAAACAAAUUCCAAAAGCAUGUCGAAAUUCGCGUGAAAAUCUCAAGUCAAAUAAGAUUACCGUUGUUGUUCGAGCGAAAUAAACAAAGCGGCAAUAAAUAACAUUACAAUGUGCGCAUGAUUGAUUGUGGAACGCCUUCUACGUGUAAAUGACAGUUUUUUUUUAAACAUUAAACGUUCAAAUAUAAAUUGUGUGCUGAGAAUAGACAAGUAAAACUUCGAAAUUGUAAACGGAAUGAGGGCUGUACUGAUAUUUGAUCAUCUGAACGAUGUGUUGUUCGCAAAGUGUAAUAAGAAAUUCGCGAGUCACAUCGUGAAGCUCGCGAGAACGCAAGGUUUGCUCAACAGUCAGGAUAACAAGGAUGUCACAGACUUGGAAACGUCUUUACUGAGUCCUAACAUCAUAAUGCAGUUGUUUUCACCCAUCGUUACCUCACAGCAUGUGAUGGCUUCUCAGUUUGGGAACUCCUAUACAUCGAUGAAGUUUCAAGAUGGAACAAACAUGGUCUUUGAUGAAUACAUUGGUUACACAUUUAUAUAUUUGGCUACAAAAGAGGUGGAACUUAUGAGACGUACGCUUGGAAUAUGCGUGUCGAUUGUGCGCCACGUGUGUGGUCCGGAUGUUGCGAUAUUGAAAACCAACUGGCAGAAAGUGGGUCUGGUGUCCUCUUUGCUGGAUGCGUGGUGUGACUUGAGAAACAGCGAGCAGAGUAUGCUGACAGAAGCGGUGGAACAGUUGUCAGUGAAUUCAGAAGUAUCUUCUUCGGUCCUCAAAGUACUGCACGACGCAUGCGACAAGUUGAAAAGUUCGCAACCCGAAUUCAACAACUCACACAUGUUGCUUCUGGUUGGAUCCAAGUUUUUGUCACUGUACUCCAGCAAAAACGCUCACGACUUGUGCGCAUCCGACAUCUUAUUGAUGAUCCUACUUUGUUGGACGGUAAAUAAAAAGCGGAGGCACAAUCGAUUCGAGAGUAACGACGACAAUAACGACAGCGAUAUCUUGUUACCGGAAAGCGGUUCUGUAAAAAACGACGAAAUGAGACUAAGUUUCGGAGCUAGACUGGCCACUCCUACUUCCGAAGACAUUACGAAUCUUUUUAGUUCGAGAGAUCCUUCGGUGACUGAGGGACUUUCAUCCUUAACUGAUGACGAUCUCUACAGUCAAUUGUUGCUUCUUGGCUCUCAGCACAAUUAUACGGCCAAUGCGGUUCACAUCUUCGAGCUAUCGGAUUCCAUCAAUCUAAUAACAAUAGUCGAAGCUACAAAUCUUUCCACUUCCUCAGGAUUGUGCGACAGUUUCUAUUAUUUAAAUCUGAUGAACAACCUGCAGUUUCAAAGGGAUGUUGACGAAUUGAAGCCAAUCUUCGAAAACCUCGACGCGUCGAUCAAGAAGGUGUUGGAAGGAAUUAAGAAGAAUCGUUCUAACGUUGGCAACGAUGUCGAUAUGUGUCAAAAGAGAUUGCAAAUAAAAUGGGACUUCGUUCGAAAAAAGUACAACGACCUUCUACGCUCUCGAGAUCCCGAAGUGGUCGUGCAGAUCGAAGCCAAUACUUCCGGCUUUGUGGAAACCUUGAAAGAACUACUACGUCUGACUUGUUUCGAUCGGAAUUUUUUGAAGCAAGGAACCGACGUUCUCACCACGGUCGGCAGGCUCGUUCGGCAAAAGCUGAGCGACUUCAGUGACUUUCUGAAGGUCAAAGCAAUGAAGAACUUCACGCUAGGAUCGAGAAGUUCCCUAACUAUCAACAAGUAUCUCGAAGAGUUUCCAGGUCUGGUACAUUUCAUCUACAUCGACAGAACGACUCACAGACUCGUGGCGCCCACGCUAGACUUUACGAGCACCGAAACGCUUACUCUUACGAUGAAAAAAAUUUGGAACAUGGUCGAGCAAAGUCGAAUACAUCUGCAGGAAGGCCAUUUGUCGGUCAUGUGGAAGGACACCACGUUCAAUUAUUCUUACUUCUUGUGGUUCGAAGACAUUUCCGGUUACUCACCACCGAAAUGUAAAGUCUAUCUUAAUUAUGUGAUGAAAAAUUUUCCGGUACCAGGCAUACUCUGCGGAGACUAUUACAGAAAACUAACCGAGACGUGUUUCCCCAAAGUCUCGCCCAACAAAGUACGAAUCUACGAGCUCUACUGCGUUCAUUUGGGACUGACCACGUCGACUUGCGUUUUGGAACACUCUCGGCGAUUGGCAGCUACCAUCUGGGAGGUUACUGGAGUGCCAAAUAAUCUCGCGGAUAUAUUCUAAAAAAAAUUUUCUCGAGCAAAUUAACGCAGGUUAAAAUUUUGAAGGAUUCUGGAUUAUUGCGUAAUGUGUUUCUUUGAUCGCUAUUAGUUUUAUAUUUUUGUGUUUUUUGUUUUAUUUUGAACUUACGAAUAUUGUUUUACAUUUAAAACUGUGAUAUAUAUUUAAAGUUUUGAAUUCUUUUUCUGUUAAUCAGAGCGAGUCAUUUGUUAUGUCUGUUUUGUAUAAUUUUUAGGCUGUGAUAUAUAAACCUGCUUUCUCAAAAUUAUCAAAAAUGAAUAUAUCGCCAGGAUACAAUCGAACUUCAUCGUCGUCAUAUCAAACUCCAAACAAAUUUAUAUAGAAAAAAAAAAAAAA